CCUCCUCCCCUCUCAUCCCUCGAAGUUCGAUGCGAUCGGCUCUUGGCCCUGCCGUGAGUUCUCAGUGCGGGCGACAGCGCUGCUGAACAUGGCGUCAGACGGGAUGAUUUUAACAAACCACGACCACCAAAUCCGGGUCGGAGUCUUGACAGUGAGUGACAGCUGUUUUAGGAACCUGGCAGAGGACCGCAGUGGAAUCAACCUAAAAGAUCUGGUGCACGACCCCUCCCUGCUUGGGGGCUCUAUUUCAGCCUAUAAGAUCGUUCCAGAUGAAAUUGACCAGAUCAAGGAGACUCUAGUGGACUGGUGUGAUGAGAAAGAACUCAAUCUCAUCUUGACAACCGGGGGGACAGGCUUUGCUCCCCGCGAUGUCACACCUGAGGCCACUAAAGAGGUGAUAGAGCGGGAGGCUCCAGGGAUGUCUCUGGCCAUGCUGAUGGGUUCUCUCAACGUCACACCACUAGGCAUGCUCUCUAGACCUGUGUGCGGCAUCCGCGGCAAGACGCUCAUCAUCAAUUUACCAGGGAGCAAGAAGGGUUCACAGGAGUGUUUCCAGUUCAUCCUGCCCGCGCUGCCCCACGCUAUCGACCUGCUACGGGACGCCGUGGUCAAGAUGAAGGAGGCGGUGGACGAGCUAGAGGACCUGCCUUCGCCCCCGCCGCCCCUAUCGCCGCCCCCCAACAGCUCGCCGCGGCGGCAGACUGAGGACAAGGGCGUACAGUGUGAGGAGGAGGACGAUGACAAGAAAGACAGUGGCGUGGCGUCCACCGAGGACUCCUCGUCCUCGCACAUCACCGCAGCCUCCAUCGCCGCUAAGAUCCCAGACUCCAUCAUCUCCAGGGGUGUCCAGGUCCUCCCCAGAGACACAGGCUCUCUGAGCACCACGCCCUCUGAGUCGCCCCGCGCCCAGGCCACCUCACGGCUCUCUACCGCCUCCUGCCCCACGCCCAAAGCGCGGCUCCCCUCCUGUUCAUCCACCCUAAGCAUUGCUGAGGCCUCACGGAGAGAGUUCAGGGCUCACCUGGAUGAGGUCAUCACGCUCAAGUCAAGGUACUCUACCUUGGACCAGCUCCAGUGUAGGUUGGAGGGGCUUAAAGAUGAUCGCAGGACCCAUAGGACCUUCAGCUCUCGACUCUCUCUCUCCUUCUCUCUCUCUCUCUCUUUCUCUCUCUCUGACUGUCCUGUCCCAUCAGGUCACAGUGCGGUGGACAUCACCAAGGUGGCCCGGAGACACCGCAUGUCACCUUUCCCCCUUACCUCCAUGGACAAGGCCUUCAUCACUGUCCUGGAGAUGACCGCUGUGCUGGGGACUGAGAUCAUCAACUACAGAGAUGGGAUGGGCCGAGUCCUUGCUCAGGAGGUUUAUGCCAAAGACAACCUGCCCCCAUUCCCUGCCUCUGUAAAGGAUGGUUAUGCUGUAAGAGCGGCUGAUGGUCCAGGCGACCGCUUCAUCAUCGGAGAGUCCCAGGCUGGAGAACAGCCCACCCACACAGUGAUGCCGGGCCAGGUGAUGAGGGUGACGACGGGGGCUCCUAUCCCCUGUGGGGCAGACGCUGUGGUGCAGGUGGAGGAUACAGAGCUGCUCCGCGAGUCUGAGGACGGCACAGAGGAGCUGGAGGUGCGGAUCCUCGUACAGGCCCGUCCCGGACAAGACAUCCGGCCCAUAGGUCAUGACAUCAAGCGUGGGGAAUGUGUCCUGUCUAAGGGAACCCACAUGGGCCCCUCUGAGAUUGGCCUGCUGGCCACCGUAGGAGUCACCGAGGUGGAGGUGCAGAAGUUCCCUGUGGUGGCUGUCAUGUCCACAGGCAACGAACUGUUAAACCCUGAGGACGACCUCCACCCAGGAAAGAUCAGAGACAGUAACCGUUCCACGCUGCUCGCCACCAUCCAGGAGCACGGAUACCCCACCAUCAACCUGGGCAUCGUGGGAGACAACCCAGAUGACCUGCUGAAUGCCCUAAACGAGGGCAUCAGCCGCGCUGACGUCAUCAUCACCUCUGGAGGGGUGUCGAUGGGAGAGAAGGACUAUCUGAAACAGGUGCUGGAUAUUGAUCUGCAUGCCCAGAUCCACUUUGGACGAGUCUUCAUGAAACCAGGUCUCCCGACAACGUUCGCCACGUUGGACAUGGACGGUGUUCGUAAACUCAUCUUUGCCCUCCCAGGUAACCCCGUGUCUGCUGUGGUGACAUGUAACCUCUUCGUCAUUCCUGCCUUGAGGAAGAUGCAGGGGAUCCUGGACCCACGGCCCACCAUCAUCAAAGCCAGGUUGUCAUGUGACGUGAAGCUGGACCCUCGCCCUGAGUACCACCGCUGCAUUCUGACAUGGCACCACCAGGAGCCUCUGCCAUGGGCCCAGAGCACAGGAAACCAGGUGAGCAGCAGGCUGAUGAGCAUGCGCAGCGCCAACGGUCUCCUGAUGCUACCUCCAAAAACAGAGCAAUACGUGGAGCUGCACAAGGGAGAGGUGGUCGACGUCAUGGUUAUCGGCCGGCUAUGAUGUCAUCAAAGGGGGACGUUGAGAUGGCUUCAUAGAGAGAGGGGGUUCGAAUGGGUGGUUCACGGUGCAUGUCCACAUAUCAUUGACUAUUCUGUAAUAUGCAACGGCACAGCUAGUUUUUCUUGAUUUGGUUAACGUUGAGGUAUAGUCAACAUCUCCAUCACAAACCUAGGUACAUAUGAUACAAAAAAAUAUUAUUAAUUUAAAAGAUUAUAAUAGUAUUUCAAACAAAGAAAAUAUAACUUUCAAAGAAAAAAAAUCUAAUUAUAAAAAGAGAUUUAUUCUGUAAUAUAUUCUUAUGAUUAUUCUUCUUACUAUCAUUGUUAGAUUGUAAGGCAACUUUGUUCCUUUCAUUGUAAUUGCUUUGUGUGUUCAAUGCUAGACCUUAUCAAUAGCAGUAGCAUUUUAAUAGAUCUGUAGGUGCCUGCCAGGACAAAAGAAUAAGAAAUAUUAUUUUCUCAUUUUAGUGGAAAAAAAAGAUCAUUUUUUAAAAUAUAUAUAUAUAUAUCAAGAAAAACCCUGAGGAAGACUCCAGAUUUCCCACGGUGCUUGUGUAAGAGGAAGGAGGGGAGGGUAUAAUCUAGGUCUAUUUCCUCUGUGGUGUGUCGCUUUAACGAUGACACCACACACUUCUAUUUUUCUCUCAUUAGUAUGCAUCACAAUGGCUUGACAAAGAGCUUUGCUUGUUGUUUAUCUUGUGAGUCUUGUUUAUGUGCGCAGUGCCAAAUGCCUGGGCAGGGAUGAGGGUGGUGCUGGAAGGGGGU